AUGAAGAUGACAAUGAAAGCGAAGAAGACAAUGAUAGUCAAGAAAACAAUGAUAGUCAAGAAAACAAUGAUAGCAUUGAAGAGGAGGGAGAAGAGAAUGAGAAAGAGAACGAGAAAGAGAAAGAAAAUUCCCCCUGCAAUGAAUACUAAACCAUUCAGGGGAAGACCAUCUUCUUGUGUCUUUGUGGCAAGUCUAACGUCUACCUUGACCGACGAUGAAUUAUGUGUUUCCGUUACAGAUUAUUUUAAGAAAUUUGGUGAAAUUGUUAGAGUGAAAGUUUUGCGCGAUCAAGCAAAUAGACCGUACGCUUUCGUUCAAUACACUAACGAUAAAGACGCAAAUAACGCUUUGAAGACUGCUCAUGGUUCUUUAUUAAAUGGUAGAAGACUACGUUGUGAACCUGCAAGAGUUAAUCGUACUUUAUUCAUCACUCAUGAUUCUCCAAUCUCAAAAAUGGAAAUUGAAUCCAUUUGUAAUAAAUUCGGUGAAUUAGAUCAAUUGGUACCAAAAAGAGAUGAUACUCAGUUUACAAGAAGAUUCUCAUAUCCUGUCUCGGAUGCUUGUUCAUGGUUUGCUCAAUUUACAUUCAGAGAUGAUGCUAUUAGAGCCUUUGCUAAUUUGAAAAGUGACUCCGCAUGGAACGUUCAAUGGGCUCAAAAUAUUAGAGUACCACAUUUCUUUAAUCUAUUAUCUAAAAACAAUGAAGGACAAGACUCUAAUUCAAAUGCUAGCCCAUCUAUUAGUUCAACCAUUGUUGAUACUCAAAAUGACUAUAAAAACAAUAGUAACUUAUCACAGGGAGAGGAAGAAAUGAUCACAAUCGACAAAAAAUCAAUAUUUGUCGGUCAAUUACCUCAAGAAACAACUAAGGAAGAUUUGGAAACUCACUUUUGGAAACAUGGUAAAAUCCUCGAUUUAAAUUUAAUUCAUAAACCAACCAAUGUUUUCGCUUUCAUUCAAUACGAAAGUGAAAAAUCCGCUGCUGCUGCUUUAGAAACUGAAAAUCAUUCAAUUUUUAUUUCGAAAACAAUUCAUGUACAAUACAAAGAAAUCGGUGGGAUUCAUAAUAAAAAACAUUUGAAAAAAAAUAGCUUUUUCGGUUAUAAACCAAAUACAUUCUCCGGACCUCAACUAAAUUUGGCUCCUCCUCCAAUCAGUAUGUACAGAAGAAAUUCAAUCGAUGUACCACCACUAUCUAUGUCUUAUAUGCCACCUCCACCACCAUUGGCAGAAUUUGAAAUGAAUAGUUAUAUCCCUUAUGGUAUGAACACCAUCCCAACUGCAAGAAGAAAAUCAUUACCUUCUUGGAGAUCAAAUAAAAUGGAUGAAUCCACAGAUGUUAACUCAACAAUUACAAACGAUGCAACAAUUGAUGAUAAAUCUGAUGUAUCGGACGCCGUUACUACAAAUGCUAUCGGUUCAACAACUACAUAUGACAAUUCAGCUGAAGCAAGUUUAAAUAUAAACGAGAAUGGCGACAGGAGUACCACUAUUAAUACUAGUAAUAAUAACUAUACAACGAACACUAUGUCAAAGAAAUAUCCUAGGAGAGGAAAUCAAAACUUUGGUGAGCCUGUCAAACCUUAUUAUUACCAACCAUACUAUUAUCACCAUCCAAUGCCGUAUCCUAUGGCUCCAGGACAUACACCUCAAAACUCUGCGGGAACUAUGCCUUAUAUGAUGUUAUAUUCAAUGCCACCUAUACCUCCACCAAAUAUACGUGGUGCUACUAUACCUCCUACCAGCGAUAAGACACAUAUUUUUCCAGCAAAUGUACGUACUAAACCAAGAGUUAUGCCAGAUUUUCAACCAUCUGAAAUGUAUGAAAACCAAAUUGAUAGAUUACCUAAAAAGAAAGGACCGGAAUGUUUAAAUUACUAG